AUGAAAUUAAACAUUUUUUUAUUAUUUAUUUUUUUAGUUAAUAUUAGUUUUGUAAAAUCAUUACAGGAUGAAGAUUGCUUAAAAGCAUUAUUGGCCAAAUUAUUCAAUAUAAAUGAUGUUGAAUUUUGUGGAAACCCAGUUAUUACAAGGGACUAUUAUUAUGAAAGUAAAUGUUCAGAUUCCAAUACAAAAAUUCUUGAAAAACUAUCUAUCAAAGGGAAUGUACCCACUCCCAGUAAUCCAUCCCCUCCAUCUUUAGUAUAUGGUGAUUUAAGCUGCUUUGAAAAUAUUAAUCAAUUAAAUUUAUCAUUAAUAGCAAUAAAAAAAGAUGCACUAGGUGCAGAUGAUCAAAAAAAUGUUGCAAAACAAAUUAUUUUAACCUCGUGUAUUUUUGAUGAUGGAAUAAUUGUAUCUGAAGGCUCUAUUUUGCCAAAAGGUCAAUUCUAUUUAGAAAUUUUUAUAGAUUCAUUCUCAAACUUUAAAGAAUUACGUUUUAGAUCUAUUAAAUACAUAACUUCUUUUAAUUUGUAUUCAAAUGCUGUCCCAAAAUUAACAGAUCUAAAGAUAUUUAAUUUCUAUUUAAAGAUUAUUGGGGAUUUAUCCUCGGAGUCAAUUGAUAAUUUAGGUACUUUAAAUCAAGUUGAACUAUUCACAUUUUCAAAUGAUAAAGAAAUUGAAUUUCCCAAACAAAUAUUUUCACCAAAUAAUAAAUUCAACCAACUAUCUCUAGUACCUAAAUUUAAACCUCCAACAGAAUACAUAACCUUACCAAAAACAAUACUUGUAUUUCUAUUCAUAGCAGAAAAUCCAACAUUCAAUAUCAAUGGAAAACUUCCAUUUAUUUUCCCAGAUAAUAUGGUUUAUUUGUCUUUAAAUAACUUAGGUCUUGUUGAAUUUCCAAUUUUACCAAAAGAUAUUAAUACAUUAAUAAUUGUUGGUAAUAAUUUUGUUAUAAAUGGUCCAAAACCAUUACCAGAUCUUUCAUCUUAUAAAAGUCUGGCACAAGUUCAACUUACUAAUACUGGUUUCAGUGGACCAAUUCCUGAAAGCUAUUGUUUGUUUGUAAACUAUUUAUCAAAUAAUAAUUUAAAUGGAAAACUUCCAAUGUGCAAAUCUUGUUAUUUAAAUCCAUAUUUUGAUGACUAUAGAAAUAAUCCUAAUUUAGAUUAUGGAGUUUGUGACGAAAGUUCGAUCAUUCCUAAUUUCGAUAUAUCUUUUGAAAAAGAAAUAACUAUAUAUGGAGAAAAUAUCGGGUUGAGUUUACCCCAAAUUUUCAAUUAUCCAAUUGCAUUUUCAACUAUCAAAGGAAACUCAAUGUUUAAAGGAAAAUGGAAUGAUAUGUGGGGCCAAAUUCCAGAUACUGUAGUAGUUUCUUUAUCGCCAAGAAAUUUUACAUUUAAUACAAAAAACUUAUUACCAUCAUUAAAUAAUAUUACAAAAUCAAAUCUCCAAUUUAUUUUUGAAGGUUCAAACUUUUCAUAUAACAAAAAUGAUUUUGAAAUUAAAAUUGCAAAUGAAAUUUGUUUAAUUUCAUCGAUAACAUUUAAUAAAAUCAUUUGUAACUUCCCAAAUCAAAAAGUAUUACCUGUCAAAAAUGAUGUCCCAACAACUAUUAAGAAUACUAAAUCUGGAGAAUUCAUUUCAUUUACUAUUAAUACACUCGAAGAUAAAACAACAGUUGCAAAAGAAUGCCCAAAUCAAUGUAUUGAGGGUAUUUGUUCAAUUAACACUGGUACAUGCAUAUGCAAUCCGGGCUAUAGUGGUGAAACAUGUAGUCCCAUACCAUGUAAAUCAAACUGUGGUACUCAAGAAGGUAGAGGCGAAUGUAAUGGUAAAGUAGGUGUAUGUGUUUGUAAUCUAAAAUGGAAAGGUGAGUCUUGUGAAAUACCAAGUCAAUUUUUAACAUCAGCUUCAUCAACAUUGUCAUCGGGCGGUUUAGUUAAUUUAUAUGGUUGGUUUGGAUCACCAAAUGAAGGUUUGACAAUUACAAUUGGUUCUUUAAAUUGUCAAAUACAUUAUUAUAAUACAACUUUUGCAAAUUGUACUAUUGGUGCAGGAUCAGGUACUAAAUCAAUAAAGAUUAUUCAAAACAAUCAAGAAUGGAUUGGUGAAAAUAUGUUCCACUAUACAGAAACAACAUAUAGAUGUCCAAAAGACUGUUCUUUAAAUGGAGUUGCAAAUGGUGAAUGCAAUAGCUCUUCAGGUCAAUGUAAAUGUUUUAUUGGUUGGGGUGGAUAUGACUGUAAUUCAAAAUCGACAACUGGAGGUUCGACAUCAACUAGUUCGGGAUCAUCUACACCAACACCAACAAAAUCACCAGAAAUUGAAAUCCCUGAAUCAAAUACAACCAUCAAUAAUGGUUCAAGUUCUAUUAGUAAUCAACAAACAACUUACGAAAUAUCAAUUUUAUCACUAAUUGAAUAUGAUGUCACUGAUACAAUAGUUAUUACACAUAACCUAACUAACAAAUGGAUCAGCAUAGGAGAUACUGAUAAGAAUAUUCAUAAAUUCAAUCAAAAUAUUUCAGAAACAUGCAGAAUAACAUAUAUUAUUGAAGAUAUCAAAGAAUCGAGAGAUUAUGAAUUUGCAGGUUUACAAUUAACUUUAGAAAAAGAUUCAAUUAAAAUAACAGUAAACAUCGACAACUAUCCAUUUACAAGUGCAUUAAAUAAAUUACAACUCAGAUUAGAAUCUUUAGUAGGUGAUAAUGGUGCAAAUUUCGAAAAUAAUCAAUGCAACAAUAAAGAAACGUCUAUUGAUAAAGACUUAUUAGAUAAUAAUCAAUUAUUAAACUAUAUUACAAUUUCAAAAAAUGAAAAAGUAUUAUAUGGUAGAUUUAUAAACAGAGUAUUAAGUGAUCACAGACAAUCAUUUAUUACAACAUCAUUAAUUUCAAAUACCACAACAACAUCAGCAAAUAAAGAAUCAUUUAUUAUUGGAUUAAAUUUACCAUAUUUCACAGAAUCAUUAAGCAUCGAUCCUGAUUUUUCAGUACUAGUAUCCCCAUCGUUCAAGAAAUGCAAAUCAAAUGAUCGUGCUAAAUGGGUUUUACCUGUUGCCAUUGUUGUACCUUGUGUUGCAGUUUCUGCCAUUAUAAUAACAAGUUCUAUUUUAUUCAAAAAAAACCGAACAACUCUAUUACUAGCCAAAAACAAACUAGUGUCACAAUUCAAAACACAAGAACUAUAUAUGCCAAGAGAAGAGGAAUUAAAAUCAAAUAAUUUGUAA